UCGAGCGAAACCCUCACACCGCACGUCCUCCACCUCCCUUCGCCUCCAGCGCCCCCUCCUCCCUCUCCAACGCCGCCACAGCCACCUGGGCGACGCUCCCACCCACCACCCAUGGUUGAGGUCGGCAAAGCGGCCCAUCGCACGGCGCCUGGGGACGCCGCCUCCCUCCGCCGCCAGCAGCGGCGACCGGCUAGCGUGCGUUCGCAGCCGCCAAAACCGGAUGGCGCGCUGUCCGGCGAGGGGCCCGACACAUCGUCUUCGUCGCGCGUCUUGGGCCUGACGGAGGGGCAGAUGCCGAUGCCCACCAGCGGUGGCGGGCUCGAUCUGGAUAUUCAUCCUCGUGCCCACCUGCCGCUCCUCGGCAUAUUCCUCUCCCCGCACCGCCGCUCGCCUCCGUCGCGUCACCCGCACUGCCGCUCACCUCCGCCUCGUCAGCGCCUUCUGCUGCUACUGCCGCCGGCGCGUCUCCUAGCUCCUGAACGACCAAACCAUGCAUCACUACUCCAUGGGAUUCUAAUUUGCCUUUGCGUGCUUGCAGCUUUGAUUGCUGGACCAGUUGCUGGACGUGGUGCACUGGAUCCGGCAGGCGGUGGUGCUCUGGGGCGUCGUCCCCCUCGUCGGCGCCUUCUCGAUCGUCCUGUACACUCACAAUUAUUGUACAGAUUGAUGCUACGGCUAUACUGCAGCGCAGGUGGGCAGGGGCACCUUCGGCGGCGUAGAUGGGCCUUGCUCGCGCGACGGUUGAUGAGGUUGAGUGCCAUUGGUGGCUGGGGCCUAGGGUUGGCUGCUGCCGCGAGCGACGGGGGACGGAGGAAGAAGGAAAGGGGGUAAUUAGCGUAAGGUUUACAAAGGACUUUUUUUGUAAAAAUGCCAAUGAACUAUGCUGGCGACAUUAUUUUUCGGACGGAUGGAGUACUACUUUGCUUGCAAAACUAGGAGAUGACUAUUCAUAUCUUAUUUUGAUCAGAUAUUGUUGUGUAAAUUGCUAGUUGUGCUGCCCUGCAAGUGAGGUUCCUUGCCCAUUAAGUAAUUUA